ACACUGCUCAACACUCUGCCACAGAGAGGCCUCUGAUUUGUGGAUUACUGGAUGGAAAUGUCGGUCACAGGCAAACCUUUGACCUCCUUCCUCAUAGAGGACAUCCUCUCCUUAAAGGACAGGACCAGAUUAAACAGCAAACACUGUUCACAGAAGAUGGACAGAUGUUCUCAGUGGAGAGAAGGAGCUGAAAAGGUUUCAGAGCAACUCAGCGAUCAGGAGUUUGGAGAACAGACAGACUGUCUGGACACAUCCUGUCCCGGCACCUCAGAGUCCAGUCCCUCCUCCACGGGGAAACAGAAGCGCUCCAGGGCUGCCUUCACACACCUCCAAGUGCUUGAGCUGGAGAAGAAGUUCAACCAGCAGAAAUACCUGUCGGCCCCAGAGAGGUCCCAUCUGGCCGGCACCUUAAGACUCACAGAGACCCAGGUCAAAAUCUGGUUUCAGAACCGGAGGUACAAGACGAAACGAAAGCAGCAAACAUCAGAGUUCUGCAGGGAGAAAGCAGAGGGACUGGGCCUGAGAGACGAGCUGGUCCGAACUUCUCUCAUCACCUCUUUCUGCAAAGCUUAUCAGUACAGACCCUACCUGUGGGACUACAGCGGCCCCUGGGGGUCCACGCUAUGGUGAAAGGGAGGGGAUUUAUGAAGCUAUGAUUUAAAGUCAUAAACCUAUGUUUAGUUUCCCUGAUAUUUAGGCUAUAUGUUCACUAUCAAAAUGAGAUCGUUGUCAUUUUGGCAUGAUUUUAACCCAUGUGUUACAUUUACCACUGUGCCAUUUACAAUGAUUUUGUUCCUACACACAUUCUGUCAUUUUGUAUGUUUUAAACACAAUCUUGAGGCGAUCGACAUGUCGUUACUGUCAGUUGCAAAUGGUUUGUUGAUUCAUCAUUAAAUAAAUGUGGAUACAUUUUAUUUAA